CCCCGCUUCCUGGCCGCCCGUCCAGCGCUCUACCGGGAGUACCGCGAUUUGAAGCGGGUCCUGGCCCAGGACGGCCACAGGCCUGGCAGUCCAGAGCUCGCUCUCUCGGUGACGUCAGACGAGGCGCUGGACCCGGACUGCUGGGGGCCCCACUUGAAUCGGGCUGCCACUCACAGUCCACAGCCUAGGCCAGGGCCACGUUCUCUGGCAUCUGUGCAGGACUAUGGGCAGAGGCUCAAGGCCAACCUGAAGGGCACUCUGCAGGCUGAGCCAGCCCUGGGCCACGUACCCCAGCUUCCACAAAGACCCUUUUCCAACGAUCCCAGCCCAAGGCCACCAGAUGCAGGGGUGGGCCCCCUCCCCUCAGAAAGUGUUGAUGGGGCAGCCCUCCUGCUUCCGGUGCCCCAGCCACAGCCACGCCGGCUCCAGCAGCUCCAGGAAUCCCGGAACCUGCGGAUGAGCACCCUGGACCCUGGCUGGCUGCAGCGAUGUCACAGUGGGGCCACACGCGUUUUAGAGGCCCCCAAGGCCUGUAGGUCUAGCCAGGGCACAAAAGAGUCACAGCUUCUUGCCUCAGGCAAGUCGGUCUUCCCUGGCACCAGCUCUGAGGCAGCUUCACAAGGCCAAGAAGCUCCAGCCUGGAAGGCAACCACAGUUGGUGCAGGAAGCCUCACACCAUGUGACAGUUACAGCAAGAAGCGGAAGCAGGCCGAGGACCCCAGGGACUGCUCUGUUCAGACCGGGCAAGACAGUGGCCAAGUGGACAUUUUAUCUGAGGAGGCAGGGGCUGGGGCCACAGUGCUGGAGGAGAUCCCUCUGGGGGAGACAGCACAGCCUCAGCCCUACAGCAACCCCUCAGCUUCCAGGUCCCAUGGCUUUGGCCCCUCAGAUCAAGCCAGGGCAGGGAAGGCUGAGGACACGGCCCACCUGAAUGCCCCUCCCCGGCCAGCCAUUGGGGAUGGGGGUAACUACGUGCGGCUCGACAUGAAGCACAGACGCUAUGCUCGAGGCCAGGCCCUUCGCAGCAGACUUCUCCGAAAGCAGGUGUGGAAGCAGAAGUGGCAGAAGAAAAGGGAGUGUUUUGGAGGUGGCAGGCCCAGAGCCACUGUCGGGCGAGGGCAGUUCCGCUGCCGGACACCCCGAGCCAUCCAGCCAGGGAACGAAGAGAUAGAGCUUGCUGUGUCUGAGCUGCUAGCACCCCGCCUGCCCCCCACUGUGCCACCACUCUACCCGCCAGGGCCGCUGGGGCAAGUGACAGAGACACCGGCUGAGGUGUUCCAGGCCCUGGAGCAGCUGGGGCACCAAGCCUUUCGCCCAGGACAGGAGUGUGCAGUCAUGAGGAUCCUGACUGGCAUUUCCACAUUACUGGUGCUGCCCACGGGUGCUGGCAAGUCCCUGUGCUACCAGUUGCCCGCCCUGCUGUACGCCCGGCGCAGCCCCUGCCUCACGGUGGUCAUCUCUCCCCUCCUGUCACUCAUGGACGAUCAGGUGGCAGGCCUGCCCCCCUGCCUCAAGGCAGCCUGCAUCCAUUCAGGCAUGACCAAGCAGCAGCGUGAGUCAGCCCUACAGAAGGUGCAGGCAGCGCAGGUCCAGGUGCUCAUGCUGUCACCCGAGGCACUUGUUGGGGCUGGGGCGGGAGGCCUUCUCAGCCUCCCCUGGGCUGCACGGCUUCCCCCGGUUGCCUUCGCCUGCAUCGAUGAAGCCCACUGCCUCUCUCAGUGGUCCCACAACUUCCGGCCCUGCUACCUACGCGUCUGCAAGGUGCUUCGGGAGCGCAUGGGUGUGCACUGCUUCCUCGGUCUCACGGCCACAGCCACACACAGCACUGCCCGCGACGUGGCCUGGCACCUGGGUGCAGCCGAGGCGCUUGGCCUUAGUGGGCCAGCCAUCAUUCCCGACAACUUGUACCUCUCGGUGUCUGUGGACAGAAACCCAGACCAGGCUUUGGUGACUCUGCUCCAGGGGGCGCGUUUCCGUGGCCUGAAUUCCGUGAUCAUUUACUGCAACCGCCGAGAGGAUACGGAGCGGGUUGCUGCGCUUCUCCGAACCCGCCUGUCUGCCUUCCAGGCCCCAGGGUCCAGAGGCCGUGGCCCCGAGGCUGUGGCUGAAGCCUACCAUGCCAGCCUCUGCAAUCAGGAAACACCGGGUCUGGACCGGCCGGACGUGCGGGCCGUUCUGCACCUAGGGAUGCCCCCCAGCAUUGAGAGCUACGUGCAGGCCGUGGGCCGGGCCGGCCGUGACGGGCAGCCUGCGCACUGCCACCUCUUUCUGCAGCCCCAGGGUGAGGACCUGCAGGAGCUGCGCAGGCACGUACACGCUGACGGGGCUGACUUCCUGGCCGUGAAGAAGCUGGUGCAGAGUGUGUUUCCCCCUUGUGCUUGCACACGGCUGCCCCAGGAGCAAGAUGGAAGCCCGAGUGAGGACAUUCCUGGGGCUGGGCUCGCUCAGGAGGCCUCACAGCACAACACCCAGCCAGCAGCUGCAGAGCUGGGAUGGGCCUGCCCGGGCCACAAUCGGGUGCUCCCCAUGCAGCCGGUAGUGCAGGCCCUGGACAUGCCAGAGGAGGCCAUCGAGACCCUGCUGUGCUACCUGGAGCUGCACCCCCAGCGCUGGCUGGAGCUGCUGCCAGCCACCUAUGCCCUAUGCCACCUGCGCUGCCCUGGGGACCCUGCACAGCUACAGGCCCUGGCCCACAGGUAUCCCCCUGUGGCUGUGUGCUUGGCCCAGCAGCCACCCAAGGGCGUGAGGCAGGGCAGCAGCUUCUUGGAGAUCGACAUGGCAAAGCUGGCAGACACCAUGGGCUGGGAGCUGGCCUCAGUGCGGUGGGCUCUCCACCUGCUGCAGUGGGACCAGGAGCCCAGGACAGCCCUGCCCGCCCCGUCUUCACCCCAUCCACCUGACAGGCCCCGAGCCAAUACACGGCAAGAUACAGGGGUGCUCGUGGAGUUCAGGGAACCGGCCUUCCACCUGCGCAGUCGCGGGGAUCUGACAGCAGAGGAGAAGGAUCAGAUCUGUGACUUCCUAUAUAGCCGCGUGCAGACCCGGGAGCGCGAGGCCCUGGCCCGUCUGCACCAAACUUUCCAGGCCUUUCGCAGCGUGGCUUUCCCCAGCUGUGGGCCCUGCUUGGAGCAACCCAGUGAGGGCCACAGCACCAGGCUCAAGGCCCUGCUCAGACGCUACUUCGAGGAGGAGGAAGAGGGGCCCCAGGAGCCAGAGGCCCUGCAGGAUGAGGAAGGCCCAGAGCCAGGGCAGGCCAGGCUCCAGGACUGGGAGGAGCAGGUCCGCCGUGACACCCGCCAGCUGCUGUCCCUGCGGCCAGAGGAGAGGUUCUCAGGCAGGGCCGUGGCCCGCAUCUUCCACGGCAUUGGAAGCCCCUGCUACCCGGCCCAGGUGUACGGGCAGGAUCGGCGCUUCUGGAGGAAGUACUUGCACCUGAGCUUCCACAGCCUAAUGCAGCUGGCCACAGAGGAGCUCCUGCUACAGAGGCACUGACUGCCCUGCACAGGGCGGGCUGGGAGCAGGGCUGUGGUGCAGACUGCACCCCGAGUGGCCACUCAGGGCCAGAGGUGGCCAUCAGCAUCCAGACCAGUGGCUGGCACCCUGGACAGAGCCUGUCGGCAGGGGCUGGGAGGCCCCAGAGUAAAGCACUUUUGUAGUUCC